UCUACUGUUAAUUCAUAUGUUACAAGUUUCUUAAUUGGCAGUUCAAAAUACGAUGGCUGAUUCGUCUUAUGAGAAGGGUCUUACUGAAUUGGCAAAAAUGAAAGUUGCAGAUUUAAGGGCUGAAUUGAAGCAAAGGGGAUUAUCAAUUACAGGAAAUAAAAAUGAGCUAGUGGAACGUCUGCAACUAGCAAUUCAUGAUUCUUCACUAUCAUUGGAUGAAGCUAAUGAUGAAAUUCUUGAUGAAGAUGCAGUAUUGGGUGAUGAAGAGAUAGAAGAAACUGAAGAGUUAAGUACCAAAAUUGUUCCUCCAGAAGAAUGUGAUAAAAGAAAAUCUAAUGAUGAAAAUAAUAUUGGUACAAAAAAAAUUAUUCUUAAUAGAAAAAAUAUAAUAGAAGAAGUUAAAAUUGAUAUAGUUGAAAAUAAAGAAGCAGCUAACGAUAAAACUUUAGAAUCUGAACCCGAAAAAAAAGUUAUUAAAUUAUCUGAAUUAAAUACUAAUGAGCGACUAGAAAUGAGAGCAAAAAAAUUUGGCGUUAUAUUAUCAGAAAAUGCGAAAAAAGAAGCUCGAGCUGCUAGAUUUAAAAUGGCUUCUAAUAACACUGCCAAUUUGAUAAAUACCAAAUCUGCAGCCUCAAUUAAAAGUACUCCGGUUCACACAACUUAUGAUGUUUUAAAAAAGAGAGCAGAAAGAUUUGGAAGUAAUGUUUCAAGUUUAAUGGAAAAGGCUGAAUUAGAAGAUAAAAUAGAAAAACGUAAAGCUCGAUUUGGAGAAGUUAAAGCUAUAGAUAAAGUAGUUCCAACUAAAAUUAAACUUGUUAAAUGAUGUCCAU